AUGAGGGAAGAACUUUCUCAAAAUGCAUCUCAAACUCAGUCAUCGAGCCCUCAGUCAUCGAAACCUAACAUUUUCCUCAGAACCUUCUCUUUCCUCAUCCCAUUGUUGGAUGUUAUUAAGCUUGUCAUUGCUUCCGUGACCUCCGUAGCCUUCUUAGCCUUUGCCGGUCUAACACUUGCCGUUUCAGCCAUAGCAUUACUCGUAUCCACACCGGUUUUCAUCAUAUUUAGUCCGAUUCUCGUACCCGCCACUUUGGCCACUACAUUCCUAGCCACUGGGCUCACGGCCGGUACUACCCUCGGACUGAUCGCUCUUAGUCUCAUCAUGGGGCUCAUUAGGUCUGCCGAAACACCUUCGUUGGCUGGCAGGAUGCAAGGGAUGAAAUUUCAAUCAGGUGCGGGGGGAGGUAAAGCUGCUCAAAUAAUAAAACAAAGAAUUCAGUCAAGAAUGAAAGGUGGAGGUAUGGCCGGUGGUGGAGGAGGACAAAUCCCAGAAUGGUUUAAGAAAAUUAUCAAAGAUGCUAUGUCUCAACGAAUGGGAGGUGGAGGAACGGGAGGUGGAGGAGGACAUAUCCCACAAUGGUUCAGAGAUUUUAUCAAAAGAAUUCUGUCUGGAGGAAUUGGAGGUGGAGGAAUGGGAGGUGGUGGAGCUGACGCUGGGGGUGGAGCUGACUCUGGGGGUGGAGCUGACGCUGGGGGUGGAGCUGACGCUGGGGGUGGAGCUUGA